AUGAGCGCAUCACCCAACCCCAACGGCGCCGCCGCCGCAAACGCACCCACCUCCAUCAACGAAGCCCGCGACCCCUCGGGCUUCCUCAGCGAAAUCAUCGGCGCCCCCGUGACCGUAAAACUAAACUCUGGCGUUGUAUAUCGCGGCGAAUUACAGAGUGUAGAUGGCUACAUGAACAUUGCGCUCGAGCAAACAAACGAGAUUGUGGAUGGAAAGACGAGAAGAAACUACGGGGAUGCGUUUGUGAGGGGAAAUAAUGGUGAGUUGUGCUGUGUGUGGAGAAAGGGGAGUAGUGCUGACAAGGAGGGUGGUUGCAGUCAUGUAUAUUUCUGCCGACUCGUAGGGGGGGAAGGUUGA